CAAUGUUAACUUGGUUCGGUCGUUGGUGGGAUAGUCAUGUAGUAGAAAGGGCUUUAGAUAGUGCAAGAAGCGAGCAGAUGGACAGAAUCCGCAAGACACUCAUCUCAAAGAUACCUGAUGUUCCCCAUAUAGUGGAAGUGGGAGCAGGCUCCGGACUUAAUUUUCUUCAUUAUCCUUCUUAUGUCAGAGAUUUAACUGUUAUAACUCUAAAUAAGCACAUUAGCAAGCGGGCACAGCAAAAGGCUCAAGAGAAAGGUUUGAACCUGCACCAUAUUCAGGGAGAUGGUAACACAUUUCCGUUGAAAGAUGAAUCGUAUGAUGCAGUCGUAGCAACGCUUAUUUUAUGCACAGUGAGUGACGUCCCGCAAUUUCUUAACGAAGUUUCUCGUGUUUUGAGAGAAAACGGAAAGUUCCUUUUCUACGAACAUAACGCUGUGCCUUCAAGGGAACGCUCCGUAUUGGUACGUUUCGUCGCACCUGUUCAUCGUCUCGUUACAGUCGGUUGUCACCUUGAUCGUGAAUUUCCAGCAGAAGCUUUCAAAAAAGUAGGAUUGCAUAUAGACUGGAUAGAAGAAGAACAGUCUGAGUUCGCUCCACGGCUUUUUGGGAAACUUCGGUAUGGAGUUGCAACGAAACAUAAGCCUUCCACUGAAGAGCAAUAGAAACAUGUUAGUGCUUUCAAGAUCAUAAACUUUGCACAGUGCAUCUGUCGUGAAACCAAACAUAAACAUAUCAUAUUCACAUGAAGCAGAUGUUUAUUUUCAUA